AUUUGGCGCUAAAAUAGCACUCCUCUCUGCUGAACUGUUGUCAAAGCAAAGCUUCUCGACAGGAGAGGGAUUACAGAUACACGGGGACGCUUACAAUCACCGGCUCGAAGCAAGAAGUACAAGAGGAACAUUCCCAAGCUUUGUUCACCUUUGAAAGGCAGAUUUAUGAACUUGAAUGACCGUGGUACAUGUAAUACAUGUAAGAUACUCUGUCGUGCCCCUAACAAAGGAACCUAGGAGAGAGUUUUGUUUAUUUCGGAUGUUUAUAUUUUUGUAGUUUUCACGGAUAACUUAUCUACAACUUCUAACAGUAUUUAUUAUACUAAAGUGCAUGUUGUCUGUAUCAUUAGCAGUCUUUUAAUAUAUAAAUAUUCAUUCUGACUGUUGAUUGCUUCAGCAGUAAAUAGUAAACGUUAUUUGCGUAAUAAAGGAGUUUCUUUGCGUCAUUUUCGCGGGUUUUUGUGCAUUUCGUGCUCAAAAUGAUGCGGAUACCCAGAGGGAUUUCUCCUUCUUCUGGAAGAGGCGCAGUAUCUGGACUCUCGUGCCCACAAAAGAAAAUGUUCUCCGCGGUGAGGACGGAUUUUUUAAACACGGGACUCGCAAGCCCACUGAUGAAUUCUGUACCGGCUGGAUACUUAACUCAGAUCGGGAACACGACAGCUGCAGAGCAGAGACCCAACUGCUUGUACGCGACCCCCCAUGGGCCGGAGCCUAAGCCGGUGCGGACCUCUUCCGGGCGGCUACCGGCCAAAAGGAGGCUAGAUCUGGAAGAGCCUAUUUACCUCCCAGAAUUCCGCACACCAAAAGGGAAAGGAAACUCUACUUAUGCAAGGGCACCAAGCCCCAAAACUCCCAGGUCUCCAGGGGAGCGCACCCGUUAUGACACUUCCCUUGGCCUGCUGACUAAAAAAUUUGUGGGCUUGCUGAGCGAGUCGGCUGACGGGGUUCUGGAUCUCAACUGGGCCACAGAAGUUCUGGAGGUUCAGAAGAGACGCAUCUAUGACAUCACAAACGUUUUAGAGGGUGUGCAACUCAUCCGCAAGAAAUCCAAAAACAACAUCCAGUGGCUGGUCAGUGGUGUGUUUGAGGGCUCAUCCAGCAAUUCAGAAAAGACCAGUGCUCUCAAGAACGAGCUUUCUGAGCUGGACCGGCAGGAGAAAGCUCUGGACGACCUCAUUCAGUCCAGCUCAACACGGCUACGUGAGCUGACAGAGAACAAGGACAACCAAAGAUUAGCAUAUGUGACCUAUCAGGACAUUCGUACCAUAAGAAGCUUGAGAGAUCAAACUGUGAUUGCUGUGAAAGCACCAUCUGAAACCAAACUGGAAGUUCCAGAAGCAUCUGAGGGCUUGCUGCAGAUUUACUUGAAAAGCAAGAAUGGCCCAAUUGAGGUGUACUUGUGUCCUGAAGAAUGUUUGGAGGAUGCUAGUCCCGUCAAGAAUGCCACACCCAGAAAAGAUUACCCACAAACCCCUAGCGCCACCACACCCUCUGUCUUCCCACCUGCCAAACCCCAGCCAGUCGAAGUUUUGCCAUCAAAGCCUCAGCCAUCGAUGAAUGGCAGCAACUCCCUGCUCGAUGUGGAGUGUAUCCUGGAUCUUCCUCCCAGCCUUCUCCAGAUCACAGAAGACCAGCUGCCUGGGAUGGCGUUCGCAUCUGACACUUCUGGGCCUUUUGUUAACUUUUCUCCCCGACUCAGCCACGACGACUACCUCUGGAGUCUGGAGGACGGAGAAGGCGUAUCUGACUUAUUUGACACCUACGAUCUGGGAGAUCUGCUUAAAACUUGAGUUACCCAGUGUGACGAAACAGUGAUUGAUGAUGAGAGAAUUCAGUCGUAACUAGUUUAAUUCAGACAUUGAUCCUCUGAAGUUUUACAACACUCCUUCACAUUAUGACGGAUUGAAGUUUGUAUAAAAUGCACUACCGAAUUGGCUUAAUGGUUGUGUUCCUGAGAAAGAUUCGGAUGAUAUUUUGUCAACAAGUGCCCUCUAGAGGAGAUCCAUGUGUUAGGUUUAGUACACUAUGAAGCCAUACUUUUUAUUUCUGUCAUUAGGUAUUUUUGCUUAGUUGAGAUAUUUUUGACAAAACAAAAACUGAAUUUUCAUGUGACUUUAUUUCAAUUUUAAGUUAAAUCUUUGCUAAUUGGCAGUGUUUUUGGGUCAUUAUUACUUGAAUAUUGAUGAUAAAAUCAGGCCUAUGUAUUUGCCUUUUUUAGAUAUGAUGUAGUAUUUACUGUUUAUUAGUAAUUCUUGGAUGAGAUGUAUGGAACUCAGGUAAUUUGAAAGCUUUCCUAAAGCUUUCAUUAUUGUAGUAAUGUCAAACAUUGCCAGUAGAGGGCUGUGAUCAUUUUUAACUGUAGACAAACAAAGGUGCUUUUGCACAAAUGUAGUGAAAUAAAUUUUUAUAGAGUAAAGAUUUGAGAGCGUGUAUGGGGGGCAUCUUCAUAACCAGACUCAACUGAACCAAAAAUCUGAAAAGCUAUUAUAAUCAGUCAUUCAGAUCCUUUCAGUCUGGAAAAAGUGCUCAGAUUUUAAGAAAUAGGUUCUUGUCUGACCAUUCUACCUCCAUCCUUUAGUUUUAGACACCAUGAGGCAAUACCUUGAUAUUGUAAAGGUGGCCUUUCCAAUGGCACUGAAUAAUGAUUAUGUAUUACUACAUGGCUCAAGAAACAAGUUUUUUUUUUUUUUACCACUGACACAUCUGUUAAUGAGAAUCCUCAGGAAAUGUCCAGAUUUGGCAGCUAAUUUUAUUUUUAUAUAGAACUUUACCAAAUUAUUAAUUCAAAGAGAUGAAUUGGUGUGGUUUUUUCCCUAGUCUGUUUGAUGUCUUCUUUCAAUUUUUCCUCUAAUUACAGUAAUGGAGAUCUCAGGGUUGACUACUCCACUCUUGAGUAGUUUACAGACUUUUAAUGGGGUCUGGCAGAAAACCUUUGAUACUGUUUGAACACUGAACUGCUGGGAAUACAAAGUGGACUUUGUUUCCAGGGGUGUGUUUUUGUUUUGGGGGGGUGAGGUUGGAGCUGGGAUUCUUGUCCCACCUGAAUGGUAGGUUUUAUAGCUGCAAAGACGAAGCUGAAUUUAACUGUUUUGAUCUGGUGUGUGUAGAAAUACACUUAAAAAUCAUCCAUAUUAAAGGCAGAGCACAUAUGGGAUGGGAUUCAGAAAGGAAAAGCCUGACUUCCCACACCCAGUUCUGCAGUGAAAAGAAUUCUUCUGAAGCAAACAUUUCUCAGUCGGGCUGAACAAAAAUCUGAUAAGGUUGAUUCAGCGUAUGUUAAGGGGCUGGGUGGAUUUAAUAAUUUUGAACAUGCUUUUUGAUGUGUGUACAAAAGUUUUAUCUGGGGUUUGGUUCAUGCAUCUGUCCCACAUGUGGACAACUGUCCUGUCCUAACAAACUUGAAAAAUGUAUGUGUAUAUAUAUAUGCAUGAGUGUGCAGAAGUGUGUACAAAUCUUUUUUUGUGCAUUUUGGUUGUAGUUUAUAGUUAUAGUUUUUUCUCAUUGGGAUGUUUUUAAAAAAGCAUUAUGUUUUUAAAUUGUACAUAUUAAUAAUUUUGUAUUUAUAUAGGUUUUGUAUUUGAAGGACAUUGGUAAUUGUCUCAGGAUGUCAUUUUUGUAGACCGUAUGUUUAACAGGCAGCACUUAUAUUUGAUAUUGUGGUUAAAUGAAUGAAGCCCUGGUGUAAUGCUCAAAGCUUGCAUUUUUUGUGAAAAGUUAAAAGUUUUGUGCUUGUAAUAAACAGACUCCCACAAGGA